CUGUCCCCACUGCCCGCCUUCUCCCACUGCCACCUUCUGCAGGCCUUUUCCACAGAGGAAAAGGAAUUGUAUUUUAUGUCCACUAUCCAGAACCUCCACUCUUUCGACCCCUUUGCUGAUGCAAGUAAGGGUGAUGAUCUGCUUCCUGAUGGCACUGAGGAUGAUAUCCAUAUAAGAAUUCAACAGAGAAAUGGAAGGAAGACCCUUACUACUGUCCAAGGGAUCGCUGAUGAUUACAAUAAAAAGAAACUAGUGAAGGCAUUUAAGAAGAAAUUUGCCUGCAAUGGUACUGUAGUUGAGCAUCCAGAAUAUGGAGAAGUGAUUCAGCUACAGGGUGACCAGUGCAAGAACAUAUGCCAGUUCCUUGUAGAGAUUGGAUUGGCUAAGGACGACCAGCUGAAUGUUCAUGGGUUUUAAGUGCUUUUGGCUCACUGAAGCUUAAGUGAGGAUUUCCUUGAAAUGAGUAGAAUUUCCCUUCUAUCCCUUGUCACAAGUUUAAAAACCUGUGACAGCUUGUAUAAUGUAACCAUUUGGGGUCUGCUUUUAACUUGGACUAGUGUAACUCCUUCAUGCAAUAAACUGAAAAGAG